CCGAGGAGAUCGACAACGUAGCAGCCUUUGAUGGCACCCUUACCCAAGCUUAUAAAUGCUAUGUAUGUAUGUAUGCCCGAGUCACAUAAGCAUCGAUCUAUUUACCUACCUACCUCGAGAAGGAUCUUUCAUCAUUCAUAUUUCUUUUCGUGGAUUUCCCCUAACGUCCUGGUAUCACCACUAAUGUUACCAUCCAAUCAUCCCAUCAUCCCAUCAUCCCUAUCCAUCAUCCAAACACAUACCUAGGUAACCUACCUACUGCUUCAUACACCUCCCCCACCACCAUGACAUCCAAGCUCAGCUCAGACUACCCCUGGGUCUCCACCCCCAUCAUCAUCAACGCGCCCAUGGACGGCAUGGCGACCGAGGACCUCGCCGUCGCCGUGACCCAAGCCGGCGGGAUCGGCAUGCUCGGCUCCGCCCUCGACCUCGACCAGCUCGAAGCUCGCCUCUCCCGCACCAGGACCCUCCUCGCCUCCCCCCCACCACCAACCCUCCUCCCCAUCGGCGUGAGCAUGUUCCCCUUCGCCUGCAACCCCUCCCUCGCCCUCCCCAUCCUCGCCAGACACCCCCCCGCCAUCCUCUGGCUCUUCUGCGCCGCCGACCCCUCCCACUACCUCCCCUGGGUCACCGGGAUCCGGCAGCGCAGCCCCGGCACGCGCGUGUGGAUCCAGCUCGGCAGCGUCGGCGCCGCGCUCGCCGCCGCGCGCCUCUGCCGCCCCGACGUCCUCGUGCUGCAGGGCGCCGACGCGGGCGGGCACGGGUUUGCGCGCGGCGCGAGCGUCGUGUCGCUGGUCCCGGAGGCGAGCGACGCGCUGCGCGCGUCGGGGUUCGGGGACGUGCCGCUCGUCGCGGCGGGCGGGGUCGCGGACGGCCGGGGCGCGGCGGCGGCGCUGGCGCUGGGCGCCGCGGGCGUGGUGAUGGGCACGCGGUUCCUCGCCGCGCGCGAGACCGCCGUGCACCCGCGCUACCGCGGCGCGAUACUGGCUGCGGCCGACGGCGGCGUGAGCACGGUGCGCGCGAAGGUGUUCGAUGAGCUGAGGGGCCCGACGAUGUGGCCGCCGGCGUAUGAUGGGCGCGCGCUGGCGACGGACAGCUAUAAGGAUUAUGUGAGCGGGGUGGGGAUCGAGAGGAUUAGGGAGCUGCAUAAGGAGGCGAAGGAGGGGGAGGGCGCGGGCUUUGGGGAGGAGAACCCGAGGGCGGCGGUUUGGGCGGGCGCGGGGGUGGGGUUGGUUAGGGAGGUUAAGGCGGCGGCGGAGAUUGUGGAGGAGGUUAGGAGUGCGGCGACGGGGAUACUGAGGGGGUUAUCUGCGCUGUGAAUCGGAUACCUAAUUGGUCAUCGGAUGUGGGCAUACAUAUCCAACCAUUGAAGAUGGUAUUUGUUUAGGAGGGUGGCUCAUACAUUUUCUCUUGAGAGGGGAUAAGGGCGAGGGGCGAGGGGCGAGGGGCUCAAGGCGC